AAAGAAACGACGAGGGUUUAAAGCAUCAGCUGAAGAAGAGCGAAAGGGUGUCUGGUUGGUAGGGCUUGGCUGGCUGGCUGAGUAUUUUUGCAAAAAGAAAGGGAAGGUGAAGCAUGAGGAAGCUCAAGUUUCACGAAAAGAAGCUGUUAAAGAAGGUCAACUUCUUGGAAUGGAAGAGGGAAGGAGGUCACAGAGAAGCCCAGGUCAUGCAACGCUUCCAUGUCACUGGUCGUGACGAUUACAAGAAAUAUUCGGGUUUGUGCCGGAUGGUGCAGAAGCUAGUGAACAUAUUGAUGAGGAUCGACGGGAAUGACCCUUUUCGCAUUGACAUGACUAGGAUGCUCUUGGAAAAGCUGUACGAUAUUGGUGUGAUACCUUCCAAGAAAAGUUUGGUUUUGUGUGAGCGCUUGAAAGUCUCUUCCCUCUGUAGACGAAGGCUUUCUACUAUUUUGGUGCAGUUGAAGUUUGCUGAGCAUUUGAAAGAGGCCGUCACAUACAUUGAGCAAGGUCACAUACGAGUGGGUCCAGAGACAGUUACAGACCCAGCAUUCCUUGUAACAAGGAAUAUGGAAGACUUUAUCACAUGGGUAGAUUCAUCAAAGAUAAAGAGAAAAGUGCUCGAGUACAAUGACAGGUUGGAUGAUUAUGAUGCGAUGAACUGAGGAGAGGGUUUGGUUUCUAAACCAACUCUGAUUUAUAAUUUCAUUUUCUUAUUUUGUAUGAGUGGCAGAUAGAAUUAUGUUUCGAGAAUUCUAAGAACAGACUCUUGAGAGCUCUAUUGUAUGCUGGCAAAUUUUGCAAAGUGUUCUUCAAAUAUAUUUUCAAGUCUUGAUAGUUUCCUGGUAAA